AUGAAACCUCUCCUUUUCUUCCUCACAUUCUCCUUCUUUUGCCAGACACACCACCUAGUUUUCUCAGCUACCACCCUCCCACUCCAACUCAUCGCCCUUCUCUCCAUUAAAUCCUCCCUCGUCGACCCUCUCAAGAACCUCCAUGACUGGGACCCCACCCCCACCUCCACCUUCUCCAACUCCAAUCACCCCAUAUGGUGUUCUUGGACAGGCAUCACGUGCCACCCCAAAACAGCGCAAAUCACCACCCUCGACCUCUCCCACCUCAAUCUCUCCGGCACAAUCUCACGCCAAAUCCGCUACCUAUCCACCUUAAACCACCUUAACCUCAGCGGAAACGACCUCGGGGGAACAUUCCAAACAGCCAUUUUUGAACUAACAGAGCUCAGAACUCUAGACAUAAGCCACAACUCCUUCAACUCAACCUUCCCACCCGGCAUAUCCAAACUCAACUUCCUCAGAGUCUUCAAUGCCUACAGCAACAGCUUCACCGGGCCUCUCCCUCAAGACCUAACCAGGCUUCGUUUUCUUGAGCAACUCAACCUCGGAGGAAGCUACUUCCGCGACACCAUUCCAUCAAGCUACGGCAGUUUCCCCAGACUCAAGCUCCUAGAUUUAGCCGGCAACGCCUUGGAGGGUCCUCUGCCACCCCAGCUAGGAUACUUAACAGAGCUACAACACUUGGAAAUCGGAUACAACCCAUUCACCGGAACAUUACCACCGGAACUUGCAUUGCUAAAAAACCUCAAAUACUUGGACAUCUCAUCAGCCAACAUGUCAGGGAGCGUGAUCCCUGAGCUGGGAAACUUGAGCAUGCUGGAGACCCUGUUGCUGUUCAAGAACCGGUUAACCGGUGAAAUCCCAACAAGCAUAGGGAAUUUGAAGUCCCUGAAAGCUCUUGACCUGUCAGAUAACCAACUCACAGGUCCAAUCCCAACCCAAGUCACCAUGCUAACCCAACUAAGCACACUGAACCUAAUGGACAACAACCUAACCGGAGACAUACCAGAAGGAAUAGGAGAUCUCCAAAACCUGGAAACUCUGUUCCUCUUCAACAACUCACUCACAGGCAUUCUCCCUCACCAACUGGGCUCAAAUGGAAUGCUACAGAGACUGGACGUUUCCACAAACUCACUCGAAGGUCCAAUCCCUGCAACCAUAUGCAAAGGCAACAAGCUCUUGAGGCUCAUACUAUUCAACAACAAAUUCACCAACACUCUCCCACUGUCCUUGGGGAACUGCACAUCACUCGCCAGGGUUCGAAUCCAGAACAACCACCUGAACGGUUCCAUCCCCCAGAGCCUCACGCUCCUCCCCAACCUCACAUUUCUGGACAUGAGCAACAACAACUUGCAGGGUCCAAUUCCUCAACGAUUGGGGAAUUUGCAAUAUUUCAACAUCUCCGGAAACUCCUUCGGAACGCCCUUGCCUUCCACCAUAUGGAACGCCACCAAUCUUCAGAUAUUCUCCGCCGCUUCCUCCAAUAUCACCGCCCAGAUUCCCGAUUUCGUUGGCUGCCAAACCUUGUACAAGAUCGAAUUGCAGGGGAACGCCAUCAACGGGACCAUUCCAUGGGAUAUCUCUCACUGUCAGAAGCUCAUUCUCCUCAAUCUCAGCAGAAACGCACUCACCGGAAUCAUUCCCUGGGAAAUCUCCGCUCUACCUUCCAUCACCGACGUCGAUCUCUCCCACAAUUCCCUCACCGGCACUAUUCCUUCCAAUUUCAACAACUGCACCACCCUCGAAAACUUCAACGUUAGUUUCAACUCUCUCACCGGCCCCAUCCCCUCCUCCGGCAUCUUCCCCAACCUCCACCCCUCCUCCUACUCCGGCAACCGCGGCCUCUGCGGGCGCCUCCUCGCCAAGCCAUGCGCCGCCGACACCCUCUCCGCCGCCGACAACCAGCUCGACGUCCGCCGCCAGCAGCCCAAGCGGACCGCCGGUGCAAUCGUCUGGAUCGUGGCCGCCGCGUUCGGGAUCGGCCUCUUCGUGCUCGUCGCCGGCACGCGGUGCUUCCACGCCAAUUACGGCGGCCGGUUCGGCAACGACGGGAACGAGAUCGGGCCGUGGAAGCUAACGGCGUUCCAACGUCUGAAUUUCACGGCGGAGGACGUUCUGGAGUGUCUGUCGAUGUCGGAUAAGAUAUUAGGAAUGGGGUCGACGGGGACUGUGUACAGAGCGGAGAUGCCAGGUGGCGAGAUCAUAGCGGUUAAGAAGCUGUGGGUCAUCGUUCACCGCGAUCUCAAACCUAGCAACAUUCUUUUGGACGCUGAGAUGGAGGCCAGAGUCGCUGAUUUUGGGGUCGCCAAGCUUAUACAAACCGACGAGUCCAUGUCUGUCAUUGCCGGUUCCUACGGCUACAUUGCUCCAGAAUAUGCUUACACGUUGCAAGUGGAUGAGAAGAGUGAUAUAUACAGCUACGGGGUGGUGUUAAUGGAGAUCUUAAGCGGAAAACGUUCGGUGGAUGCAGAAUUUGGCGAUGGGAACAGCAUUGUGGACUGGGUUAGGUCCAAGAUAAAGAGCAAAGAUGGUAUUGAUGAUAUAUUGGAUAAGAAUGCAGGGGCAGGGUGCUCCUCUGUGAGAGAGGAAAUGAUACAGAUGCUUAGAAUUGCAUUGCUAUGCACAAGUAGGAACCCUGCGGAUAGACCUUCCAUGAGGGACGUUGUGUUGAUGCUGCAAGAGGCCAAGCCCAAGAGAAAAUUGCUUGAUAGUGUUGUAGGUCGAUGUGUUGGGGACACUGUGGUUGCAGGGGAUGAUAUUCCUUUGCCACAAAAGCCCACGCCUGAAUGCUAG